CGCAAACGGAAGGAUCGCUGUCGCAUAGUCGCAACCUCCAUCUGCGACUGAAGCAAUUUACGCGACAAUACUUUGUGCGCGUCGGAACCUCCUCUUUGCCAACCACUGUUCCUUGUCCCAAUACCCGAUUCUCACGAAACUCUACCCUUACACCAGAUGGAUGUCCGUCCAGCAUCGAAACAUCGGUAGUAGAGCUCCGAACCGCCCAAGCGCAAAUCACUUCGACAGCUCGACUCGAUGGAACGACCGACCAAACGAUCGCGAACUGGCCCUGCGCCCUUUGACGAUGAAGAGAUUGUUGGCGAUGAGCUCAACCACCAGCCCGAGGAGGUCAACCAGCUACGAGACCCAGGCUACCAACUCGAACAGGCCCGAUCAUUCGCUGCCUUCAAGUUAAAGUCAGCUUUUGAGAACAUCUUCGAAAAGUAUGGGAAAGACUUUGACGGCAUUGGCGACGAAAUCGAUCUGAGGACUGGUGCGAUUGUUGUCGACAACGGCCACAUCAAGUCUCUGAAAACGACGACAAUUGGUGUCGAGAGCGAUGAUGACGACGAAUCUGAAUCCGAGUUGGGAAACGAGGAGGAGACGACAUCACACGGACAAGAAAGCAAGCAGAAUGCGACUGCAUUGCAAACCGUUCCGCGACCUCUGCCCUCCAUGGCGCCGCCAUCACCUUUCGGCGCGUUUGGUCCGGUUUACAACUCCUUUCCAGGAGGACCUCCGCUACUGUCGAACACGAUGUACCCCGUACAAACACAAUUCCAAUCGCCCCCAAUGCCGUUCGGUGCAUUCAGUUCUGCAAACGCUUCGAUCGAUCCUGCUUGGAGAGCACCUGACCUACCUCCGCCGGUUCCCUGGGGAGGGUUCUGGACUCCUGGCACCCGAUCCAGGUUCAAGACAGUCGCCAAGGUGCAACAACUUGCUGCCAGGACUAAUCAUGAUCAGGAGGGUGAGGAUGAGGAUGACAUUCUUCUAGAUGUUUCUACCACUGGAGCCACCAAGGCGACCGAGAACACCCCGGUGAUCAACAAGAAGCUGGCACCCUUUCGUCCUCCAUCUAACGUCUCUUCCCCAGCCAAUCACCAGCUAAAGACAUUCGCAGCUACCUCGACACCAAAGUCACUUGACAGUUUUGAUGUUGCGAAGGCAGAUGGAGAGAAAAAGAAGAACACCAAGAGGAAGACACCAGCAAAAAAGACGCCAGCGAAAACGAAGGCUAUUAAAGAACGUAUCGCUAGUCUGGUGGACGAAUCUGGCAUACAGAUCGCUGGGUCUCCUGUAGUUGACAGUCCCUCGGCUGACACUCAACCCGUUCCUGACACACAGCCUGCUGUCGAGCAGACGCCAGUUGCUGAGAAGUCAGUUAUCGAAGGUCAAGUCUCUAUUGUGAGAAAUACUGGAGCGGUGAAAAGAAGAAGGACGCCAAAUACAAAGACACCAACAAGUGAAAAAGCUUCUUUAGAGCAGAGCGCUGAUUUAUUGAGGGCGAGCCUUGUAAAAUCUGCUCCUGUUCCCGCGGCGAAAGAGUCUUUUGCAGAGCUUGAAUUUGAGACUCGUCCUAUCGUUGAGCACGAACCUAGUAUUGAAAAGGAGUCUGGCCAGCUUUUUGUUGAAAAACCCAGGGUCGAGGCCUCUGUUGUCGAGGAACCUGCUGUUGGCACAGGUCAAAAGACAUCGAAGAGGCAGACUCGAACGAGGGUUUCAACAAGGGAACAACAUGUUGGGGGGCCAAGCAGCAAUCCCUCGGCGAGUGAUAGCAACCGGCCCGCGCUACCUCCUACAGUUGAGCAGCCUUUAGUCGGGACUGAACUUGUCGUUGAGAUUCAAUCCUCUUUGACAGUUCAAAAUGGUCCCGGGCAGCCCUAUGUUCAAGAGACUAUUGCAAGAGAAUCAACUGUGGAGAAGACUUCUAUCGACGAAGGUGCCGUUGCCGAAAUCGAGCCUCCUUCCGCUAAGGGCGAUGGAGACCAGUCUGCAAGCAUCCCAACAACAAUCACCAAGUCAGUAAAUCACGAUCUUCCAGAGAUACCGAGUUCUGCGGAUUCAAGGACGGCGAGAAGGAACAGGCGACUCUCGAUGCGAGGCCAGUCUUCUCCAGCUGGGGCCAAGCGGUCCUCAAGGAAACAAGUUGCCUCGAGAUAUGAGCAGUCUCUCUUUGAUGGAGCAACAAACGCGAAUACCACCUUGAAAUACUACAGCCCCAGCUGCGGCGCACUUGUCACAAAGCCAAGCAACCAGCAACUUUGGGUCGAGAUACCGGUGGAUGGUACCUUGGACCCUAAGGCCUUUCAAGUUGUUGUCGAUGACGACAAUCUGAUACCAGAAGUCCCAGCAAUGAAAAUAGGACUAGAAACUACAAACACAUUGGCAGUAGAGGAGAUGGCGAGGAAUGGCGUUGCCAAACCUCAAGUUCAUGGCGACCAUGAAACUCAAGCAGAGGCUGUCGAAAAACGAAGCCCCCCAUCGAACGAUCUGUCACAUGAGGUCUUUACUAGGAACGUUGUUGACUCGGCAUAUGCCUUCUCUGACGAAGAUGAGCCAGCCAUAACAAAAGCUAGAAUUCGACGAACUGAACCCAUUCGACCCAACCCCAAGCCCAAAACCACGGAGAAAUCUAAUGUGAAAGAAUUCGGGAUACCCACACCAGCGUCGUCCUUUGACCGUAACAGUCAGUCCACUGAGUCUCAAGCUACUCCGGAAGCGGAAAUACCGAUGGAGGAACUUCCAAUCAUCUCAGCAAUUGUGACCACACAGACUGCUCGCCAAACGCCAUCAGCAGGCUCCGCACUUCUCGACAAGACCAACACCAACAGCGAAGGACCUUCACUGCCCAAGCCUGUUCAAGUUAUCAAGGCUAGGCGGGGAAGGAAACCCAGAACUUCGACAGAUUUGAGCGUAACCGCCUCAGCGGUGGCAACGAGUACACCUGCCGUGACAGAAAAGCCAUCUGAACCGGUUCCUAUUAUCACCGCUUCAGCGUCUACUCGGCCUAGAAGACAGAGUUUGAGGUUAUCAAGGGGAAGGCGGGAUUCGGAUAUCACAAUUGCAGGGUCAACAACGCCGCAACAUGCAACGGCUACGAUGUCCCAGCACGAAGAUGAGUCUCUUGUCAUUCAAGAGAGUCCACAAGGCACACCCGAACCCGAGUCUGUAGAUGAGCAUAAGGCUGGAAGCCCAGCUAGCCCAACCUUGACUGCGACCAUUCCUGCGUCUCCGAAGUUGAUAGAGACCAUGGCUGCUGAUCAAGAACUUUUGGAAAUCAGCUUGCUUCAGGAGGCAAUAGCCCGUCAACGAUUUUGGUCGCCCAAACCUGAAUCGAUAAUACUCGGCCACGAACCAUCACCACCGGAGCCAACAGCAGAGACGCUUUUGGAAGUCCUCAUUCCUUCUGAACGGAUGCCGGCCCCCUCAGCUUCGCCUCCACCGCAGGAAAAAGAACCGGACAUUGAAGUCAUUCAACCACAGAAGGAACCAGAACAACCAACAACCCCUGUGAAAACAAGGUCAAGGCGCGGACGCCCAAGCUCUGCCGCUUCCCUCCCCACAGCAACAGUCACCACAACCACCAAGGUCAAGACCAAAACAGGCUCCGCCUCGGGAUCACAACCAGGCAAGAGAAAGGUCCAAACACCCUCCACCAUUACAUACACUACCACACGCACUACCAACACCACCACCGCCCCUAUGACAUCCUCAAGAACAAGGACGACCCUCACUGGCACCCUCCAAAAACAAAGCCAAGUCCAAACCCCUGGCACAACCAAAUCCACCAAAUCUCUUUUGGGCAACAACAACAACACCACCAUCCUCUCUCUCAUCUCCUCCGACACGGACGAUGAAGACGAACUUACUCUUGAUUUUGGCGGCACACCGUCAGGCAUCUCGAAGGGGGUUAAGCCCGCUAGCAGCACAGCAACAACAGCAACAACAAGAACAACAACAACAACAACAACAACAACGAAAAAGACAGCUGCAUCUACUAUCCCUUUGGCUUCGCUCCUCCGGACUCCAUCCCGCAAACUUCCUCCUCCUCCUCCAGCUGGUGGUGGAAUAAGAAAAACAACUAGCUUGGCGAAGAUUGCUUCUUCUAUUAGUGUUGGGAGGAGAUCAACUUCCUCUCCAACUGCUGUCCGUGCCGUGACACCCACUGGUGUUGACUCUGAGGCUGAGGGAGAAGAAGAAGAAGAAGAAGAAGAAGAGUUUGUUGGAUCGGAGGUGAUUCAGACGCCAGGUGGGACGCUAAGACGGUGCGGUGAGGCUGGAUUCAGGUGUGACAGGGAUUUUUGCUUUGGGUGUUUGUAGUUGUGCGUGUGAUGUAUGUGUUUCUGUGUUGUGAGUUGUGAGUUGUGUGUUUGUUACUAGGGUGCUUGAGGUUGUUGCGGAAAUCGUGGGUGGAGUGUUGUUUCGGAGAUGUUGUGGGUGGCGGAGGGGAGUGUUAUCGAUACAGUGUUUCGGUCGCGGAAUUAGGUUGAAGUAGAGUUAGGUGCUAUGGUUAAUGGAUACGUAUGAUCGAUAUGGGCAUUGGCGUGUGGUGAUUGUUCACUGGGAAAAGGAGUUACGCACUCGUGUUACCUAGCCAACUAUUUAUCAGCUACAUCAUACAGACUUGGCCGUGAAAUCUUAACGUUGAAAGGAGCUUCGACGUGGCUUCC